GAGAAAGGUAUAGGUGUAUUAGUAGUAGUCGUAGUGACUCUCUCUCUCUCUCUCUCUCUCUCUCUCUCUAUCUUGGUCUCUCUUAACGCUUUCUUUUUCACACAAUUUCUCUUUCAGUAUUAGUUUUUGUUUCUGUUUUCAUUCAUAUCAAAGCGAUCUACUUCUCUUCUUCUUCUUCGUGGUUUUUGUCAGCCAUGGCUGUCGCGAUGAGGAUUGUUUUCGGACUCCUUACAUUCGUCACUAUAGGAAUGAUUAUAGGUGCAUUGUUUCAAUUGGCGUUUAUACAUAGACUGGAAGAUUCAUAUGGUUCUGAGUUUCCAACUUGGCAAAGAAUACACAGAAGUCAAAUUGACAGCUAUAUUGGGUUUCCCAGAGGUAUUCAGCGGUGGAGUGAUGACAAAGAUGCAGAAAUUUUACGUCUUGGAUAUGUCAAGCCUGAAGUAAUUAGCUGGUCACCUCGUAUUAUUGUGCUUCACAACUUUCUGAGUAUGGAGGAAUGUAACUAUCUUAGAGCUAUCGCCCUCCCUCGACUUGCAACUUCUACUGUUGUGGACACCAAAACGGGGAAGGGAAUAAAAAGCAAUGUCAGGACAAGCUCUGGGAUGUUUUUGAAUCCUGAUGAAAGAACAUAUCCAAUGAUACAGGCUAUUGAAAAGCGCAUUUCGGUCUAUGCGCAAAUACCAAUAGAAAAUGGGGAGCUGAUUCAAGUCCUAAGGUACGAAAAGAGUCAGUUUUACAAACCCCAUCAUGACUACUUCUCUGACACUUUUAACUUGAAGCGUGGUGGCCAGCGAAUAGCAACAGUACUAAUGUAUUUAAGUGAAGAUGUUGUGGGAGGAGAAACAUAUUUCCCUAUGGCUGGUACUGGUGAAUGUAGCUGUGGUGGAAAAACUGUCAAAGGUUUAUCUGUGAAACCAAUUAAAGGAGAUGCAAUACUUUUCUGGAGCAUGGGUCUUGAUGGAGAAUCAGAUCCAAAUAGCUUACAUGGAGGAUGUGAGGUACUGGGCGGAGAAAAGUGGUCAGCCACAAAAUGGAUGAGGCAGAGAGCUACUAGAUGAGACGUAGCACUUUCUAUUUCCCUUUCCUGAAAUUCUCCAUCCCUACAAAAAGUCCUGGUGGCUAUGGAAUUUAUUAGUUAGAUAGAAAAUAAUGAAAUGUAGCUUAGAUACAUAAGUUAGUACUACUGCUAUAGUAAUACCUCAACCAGAUGAAGUUUACGUACCCCACACAUAAAACUCUCUCACUCAGCCUAGUUUAGAGAUCUUUGGGUACAAAUUGGGUCAUACUCGUCUAUAUAAAAAGCCAUGUGGAUCAAAUAUUGUACUCUGACAAAAAAUUGAAACUGAGAAAAAGACAAUUUUGGCAAAAUUGAUUGUACCAAAAUGUAGAAUGUACCAUUAGGUCUUUUCCCGUAGGCUGUUGCUCAACUUGGAAAAACCUUCAAUAAAAGUUUUGAUUUCGGGAUUGGAAUUAUGUUUUCCUAGUAGCAUGAAAAUUACAUUUUGAGCUGUCUAUUGUUUUGGCCAAACCGUAGGAAGCAGGGAAAUAUAUGAUAUUUUAUGUGGCAAUUUCAAAGGUGGUGAGUUGUUUGCGUUUGGUGGGUAUUUAGAUAUGCCAACACAUUGAGGAGAGGUGGAUUUUUAUCAUUAUGAUUGAAUACUUUGACCUAAUUAUAUGGAAAUGACAAUUUUUUAAAAUUUUA